GGUAGCUCAUUUUGUGGAUGCGUGACGCUUGCGCACUCUCCGUCUAUUUGCAGUCGACUGACAAAAUGGCGGACGAAACACGCAAGAACCGCAAACAUCGCCACCUGUCGGCGGCAGCCGUCGACGUAUUGACUGCUGCCGCCGACGCGUCGUCGGCUGCCGUCGACAGAUGGCGACGGCUGAAGUAGACUCUGACGUUUACAACUUGCAGUUCGUCUGUAUGAACCCUUAGGCGCUGACUCCACGACCGAGAGAAUCGCGACGAUAUUAUCGUCGUGCCACGUAUUUCUAUACACUCUCUAUGAAACCGUCUCCACACGGCGAUACUAUCGCUGCGAUGCGACGAGUGGCAAUGAGCCCGCGAAACGUCAUUACAUCGUCGCUAGCCCGCCGCGAUCCCUGCAUAAUAGAAUGGCGUGCGUAAUAUUCAGCGCCCGCUGAUCCUCCCGAGAAAGGGAAAAGUCAUCAGACUGCUUUACGCCGAAUGAUUCUGUAGAAAAAGAACGUUUAACCAAGUCAUGUAAGUCUGAUUCACAUCGGCAGACGUGUAGGACAGUCAAGUCGUUUGGUAGUCCACCAAGUCCCACAUUGCCAUGUAUAACGUAUCCUAAGUCAGUCUUGGAUACCGUCGGUCCAGUCUUAUGUUUUUGUAUAACUUGUCUAGUUAUAAUUAGGUCAAUGUUGUCUUGUCCUAUAAGAAGUUCAACCUUGUCAGGUCGUAUGUCAUAAUUUGUCGCAUAGUCUGUCAAGUAUGGAUUUUUAUUUACAAUAUUUUUAUACAAAAAACUAUUUACAGACAAAUUUAAAUUAUGUACAGAACGCGCCUUAUUUACAUUAAAUACAUUUUUCUCGUUCAGUCCACGAAUUUUAAAAGAGACCGUCUUCGAGUCUGCCUCCGUAGUAGUCAUUCCAGUCACGCCGCGGAUACGUAGGCUCGACGUAGGUCCCGUGAUGUCGGCCCUCUCCAGCAACGACGAGCUCAUCAGGGUCACUGCCGACCCUUCGUCUAGGAGAGCGAACGUAGAGACAUCGCCUUUUCCUCCGGAAACCACAACUGGAACAACCUUUAGCAGCACAUGAUUCUUUUGUGUGCACGUAUUGACCGUCCUGACAAUGUCUUCAACAGCGGUCUCAGGUCGCGGAGCAGCGUGCAAGAGUGUGUGAUGUGCUCGUGUGCAGUCGGGCAUCGUGCACUUCGUCUUCCUCUUACAGGCUUUCAGCUGGUGGCGCUCAGACGAACAGGAAAAACAUAGUUUCUUUUCCGUUGCGAGCUUCUAACGGUCAUCUAUGGUCAAGGCUUUAAAAUCUGUACAAUUAUUUACAAAAUGCUUACCACUGCAAAAUACACAUCUUGGUGUCAGUGAUGAAGGCUCUGUCAUAGACGUCGCGACUGUCUUAUAUUUUAGUUCGGACUUGAUUUGCGGCUUCGAAAUAUUCGGGGUCGGCGGCUUAGUGAUCAGUGGAGCGAUGUAGGUAGCGGCAUUGGCGGUCGUCAUCAGCCAUUCAGAUACGUGGGACAGGGUGAUCGAUUUAACUCCCAAACUCGCAGCAUGCAUACUCCACUGAUAUUUCAAAAUAGAUGGUAAUUUGUUUAUGAUGGUACGUAUCAAAGAUGGAUUUGUAAAUGCCCAACCUCUUCGGUCAUUUUCAUAGUAGCUGUGACAUUCUGUACAGCAGUCGCAAACUCUAUUAAAUGGUUGACGUCGUCAUGUCUGACGUCACGCAUAAGCCGUAUUUUUUCCUAUAAAUUUUCAACAAUUAAAUCUGGUCGUCCAAAUCUUAACUUAAGGGUACUUAUAAUAAUUUUGAGAUUCGUUGCGGAAACUAAUAAUGCCGAUACAGCGUCUCUGGCACGGCCUUUCAGGCAACGUGCUAAUCUAGCGAUGUUUUCGUCGUCGCUAUAGCCACAUAACUUCGUCGAGGACAUAAACUGACUAUAAAAUAAGGGCCAUUCCUCAGGCUCUCCCGAAAACAGGGGUAGGUCUUUUGCUGAAGUCUGUCUACUCAGCAAUUUAUUUACAGUAUGUACAAGACUAUUUACAGUUGGACAAGUUUCAUGUGUCGUAUUGGGAGGUAAAACAUGUGUACCUGCUAUCGACGUCCGCGGCCGUGGACGUGAGGCUAUCGAUACAUUGUCAUCUUCUUCGGCUAUAGCUUGUUGUUGUAUAGCUAACCUCUGCUCCAAAAGGCGCUUCUCGAUCAGAGCAUGUUCUUCAGCCGCUUCCAAUUGAAGGUCGAUAAGGCGUCGUCGUCGUGCCUUUACAAUCGUCUGGUUUGUCGUGUCGGAUCGUAUGGACGGACAAGGAGACGGUGCGCGGCUGCCGUGGGCGGACUGUCGGCCCGGCCCGGUCAGGUCGGCGGUAGCGCUAGCCCGUAUCUCUUCCGAUGUCAUUUUACCGGAUCUAGUUUCAACCAUGGGUGUGAUUGCGUAUGGCUCGAAGGACCACUUGAACGGGCCGAGGGUCUGUUAGGGUCUUUGUCUAGUCUGAAUAAAAUAAAAAAAGAAUUUUCCCGUUCAAGAUACGUCUUGUCGUCUCGUCGUCUUAUGGUCGUCUCCUUAGUGUUCAAGUCGAUUGUCCUUUUUUUCCCAGUCUGUCAGUCGGUUUUAGUCAUCUAAAAUGUUAAGUCAAAAAGUGGAUUGUCCAUGGAGGCUGAACGGCCGCUACACAGGUUAUUAUACUCCUCAACUUGGUUUGGCUAUCAGGCCGGAUUUCGUUCAAGUGUUCACCUGAACCAAGCUCCUAUUGGUCGAGAGAAUUCUAUUAAUAUUCUUAUUUUCACAUUCGAUUCCUCUGCGAAAAUUGGAUUUAUACGUCGCAUGCCAAAGAGUUUUAAGUAUUUGACUGAAGAGAUCCAUGCUAUCGUUCUUAAUAGCUAUAACAUCGUAGGUGACGGCACAAGGGAAGCUCUGACUCCGCUAUUGAGCGGCAAAAAUUUGUUUGAGUUACCGAACACGAGGUCGGACAGUGGAAAUAAGACGUGUGACUCGUAUCCGUUCAUAUUCUACAAGUUGAGAGAUGAUGGCUACAGAACAGCGUAUUUUGAAGAUGGCCCUGGCAAAGGAGCUUUCCAAUGGGAUUUGAACGGUUUCCGACAUCAGCCUGUACACCAUUACCUGUCAGCGUAUCUCGAUCACAGCGGCCGAUAUUACAAAGACUACUGUCUGGAUGACACACCGCAGUUUAAAGUCAUGAUGAAUUUGACUUAUCAGUUCAUGCAGCUGAGUGGAAAGAAGUUCAUAUUCACCAUUGUAGGGGAUAUUUCUCAUGACAAUUACAGCGUCAUAACUGCUGCUGAUGAUGAUUUCGUGGAAUUCCUCAAGACUUUUAAACACGAGGGCCACCUUCAUAACACCAUGUUAAUUGUAAUGGGUGAUCACGGUCCAAGAUUCGGCGUUGACAGAGAAAGGCCUCAGGCCCGACUUGAAGAGCGUCUGCCUCUCAUGUCAAUAGUACUUCCAGAAACACUUAAAACGCGCAGGCCUACUGCUCUUUCGGCUUUGCAAUACAAUGUGAACUCUCUGACGACACCUUACGACAUUCACGCGACGCUCCUAGAUGCUCUCGAUCUGCGAAAGUAUUGGAACAUGUAUAAAAUACCGGGAGCCGAUCACCUUAGAGGCAUGACGCUGCUAGAACCGAUUCCCCAAAAUCGUUCGUGCACCGAGGCUGGCGUGGGGCCACAUUGGUGCGCGUGCGCCGUUUGGUACGAGAUAUCACAAAGAGACCAUAUGUUUAAAUUAGCGAGUGAGGCGCUUGUUGACUAUAUCAACGACCUUACAGAACCUGCCAGAUCACAAUGCAGUUUUCGCACUAUCUCUAAAGUCCAUUGGGUGAAGACCCAGUAUAUUGAAGACGAUGAACUUCUCCAGUUCUUGAAAAAUCUGAAGCAUCAGCUCUACCAAGUUAAAGCAACCUUAAAUCCUGGCGCGAGCAAUUUCGAGGCAACUUUAACAUUUUCGGUUGAUGCAAUGGAAUUCAUCGUCACUUCUAAAGACAUCUCCCGUACAAAUAAGUAUAAAGGCGAGUCUGAUUGUAUAUCACGAACUCACCCUCGCCUGCUGCCCUACUGUUACUGUAAACAGUAGGUGUCAUUAACCCGUGGUUCCCCGCAGUCCCUCCAGGGGGGUACCAUGAGGGAAUUUUUACCCCGAGGGUCUACGGGUAAUUUUUAAAAUCUUACGUCGAGUCAAGUGUUAUACUAAUUUGACUACUUUCGUCAACGUAAGAUAAAAAAAAGUCACCCAAACACUCCCUUGAUUAAACCUUAGGUAGACGGUUAGCAAUAGGAAGCUGAAAUUAUUAUUAUUUAUUAUAUUAUUUUUUAGCCAAGAGUAUUAUUAUAUUUAUUUGCGACGCCUGUCAAGGUGCAUAAUGUGUUGUUAAUUAUUUUGUAAUGUAAUGAAAUUAUGAAUAAAAUUAUGAAUUAUUCUUGGAAAAAUUAUCUUUAUGUGAAUUCUGCGGAUUAGUUCUUUAUUCGCGAAAUUUUCCUUAAUGAAUUAAUUUUCUUUCUUGCGUUGAGUGUAAAUGUCAAAUGUGACAGUUUUAAUUGUUUCACAAGCAAAACGCGUUAGCCACUUGGCGUUUGACUUAUGAAAUCUCUUUGUCUGUUAUCACCUAUUAUUAGUUGGCUUGUGAAAUCUUAUGGUCUAUUAUCAUCUAUUAUUAGUUGGCUUGUGAAAUCCUUUGGUCUAUUAUCACCUAUUAUU